GAUAAGGGCUCAGAGUUGCACUGAGUGUGGCUGAAGCUGUGAGGCGGGAGUGGAGGUACGCGGACGCAGGCAGGCAGACAGGCACAGUCAGCUGGGAAGGACUGCAAAUCUUAUUUUCUUUUCCAUUUUCUCUCCAACGGCCCGGAGCUAGUGCUUGUGGUUCCCGGGCUGGUGUUCUGGGGAGCGCCGGGAGAGCCCCUUCUCCAGCCGCCCCCAGGCGGAGACAGCCCAGCUGCGCUAGCGCUGCUGACAGCGUGGAGAGCGGCCACUAUCCGCCCGGGGAAGUCAGGAGAGCGGCUGCAGCGGCAAGAAGUUUCCCGGCCAGGAGGACAGGAGACAAGUGGCCGCCGGGUCCCGGAGCGAACUUUUGCAAAGCUUUCCUUUGCAAAGGAAGCUGCCGCGGCGGCGGUAGAGAAAAGGAGGCGGCAGAGAUAGGAAGACGUGCGCUCCGCUUCGCUCGAAUCCGUUGCUGAACUUGGGCGAGCGCGAGCCGCGGCUGCCGGGCGCCCCCUCCCCCUCGCAGCGGAGGAGGGGACAGUCUUCGGAGUCGGGGCGGCGGAGAUCCGCCGCCGGCCGGCCACCGCGGGGUCCGCGCUACCUGCUGCCGCCGGGAAGCGAGUUCGUCCGCGGGCUCCGAGGAACCUCUGGGCCCGAGAGAGCUCCGGGAGUGACCGCGACUUUUCAAAGCCGGGCGGCGCGCGCGAGCGGACAAGUAAGAGCGCGGGCGGCGUCUUAACCCUGCGAUCCCCCGGAGCGAGCCGGUGAGGAGGGCGCCGGGGGAGGCCAGCCGGCGGGGGCGCGCGCUCUUCCAGAAACUUUCCUUGCUCAAGGCCCGGGGAGGCGCGGGUGUCCCCCGCUUGCCAGCGCGCUGUUACGGCCCCGAAACUUCUGCGCGCAGCCCAAACUAACCCCACGUGAAGUGACAGACUGUUCUAUGACUGCAAAGAUGGAAACGACCUUCUACGACGAUGCCCUCAACGCCUCGUUCCUCCAGUCCGAGAGCGGCGCCUACGGCUACAGUAACCCCAAGAUCCUGAAGCAGAGCAUGACCCUGAACCUGGCCGACCCCGUGGGCAGCCUGAAGCCGCACCUCCGGGCCAAGAACUCCGACCUCCUCACCUCGCCCGACGUGGGGCUGCUCAAGCUGGCGUCGCCCGAGCUGGAGCGCCUGAUAAUCCAGUCCAGCAACGGGCACAUCACCACCACGCCGACCCCCACCCAGUUCCUGUGUCCCAAGAACGUGACGGACGAGCAGGAGGGCUUCGCCGAGGGCUUCGUGCGCGCCCUGGCCGAACUGCACAGCCAGAACACGCUGCCCAGCGUCACGUCGGCGGCGCAGCCGGUCAGCGGGGCGGGCCUGGUGGCCCCGGCCGUGGCCUCCGUGGCGGGCGGCGGCGGUGGCGGCGGCGGCGGCGGCGGCUUCGGCGCCAGCCUGCACAGCGAGCCGCCGGUCUACGCCAACCUCAGCAACUUCAACCCGGGCGCGCUGAGCGGUGGCGGCGGCGGCGGCGGGGCGCCCUCCUACGGCGCGGCCGGCCUGGCCUUUCCCGCGCAGCCUCAGCAGCAGCCGCCGCCGCCGCCGCCGCCGCCGCCGCCGCACCACCUGCCCCAGCAGAUCCCCGUGCAGCACCCGCGGCUGCAGGCCCUGAAGGAGGAGCCGCAGACGGUCCCCGAGAUGCCCGGGGAAACGCCGCCCCUGUCCCCCAUCGACAUGGAGUCCCAGGAGCGGAUCAAGGCGGAGAGGAAGCGCAUGAGGAACCGCAUCGCUGCCUCCAAGUGCCGGAAAAGGAAGCUGGAGAGGAUCGCCCGGCUGGAGGAAAAAGUGAAAACCUUGAAAGCGCAGAACUCGGAGCUGGCGUCCACGGCCAACAUGCUCAGGGAACAGGUGGCCCAGCUUAAGCAGAAAGUCAUGAACCACGUUAACAGUGGGUGCCAACUCAUGCUAACGCAGCAGUUGCAAACGUUUUGAGGCGAGACUGUCGGGGGCUGAGGGGCAACGGAGAACAAAUAACCCAGAGAGGGACAGACUUGAGAACUUGACAAGUUGCGAGAGAGGGAGAAAGAGAGAAAAAAGAAGUGUCCGAGAACUAAAGCCAAGGGUUUCCAAGUUGGACUGGGUUGCGUCCUGACGGCGCCCCCAGUGUGCACGAGAGAGAAGGACUUGGCGCGCCCUCCCUUUGGCAGGGAGCCAGGGAGCGGCCGCCCGCGGGCUGCCCCGCUUUACGGUCGGGCUGUCCCCGCGCAAACAGAACGUUAGACUUUUCUUUAACAUUGACCAAGAACUGCAUGGACCUAACAUUCGAUCUCAUUCAGUAUUAAAGGGGGGAGGGAGGGGUCGCAAACUGCAAUAGAGACUGUAGAUUGCUUCUGUAGUGCUCCUUAAGAACACAAAGGGGG